AUGAGUAAAUUAGAACGAGUGUAUAUGAUGAAAGUUUCUUUAUACAUUAACACAAUGGAUUCUCUCAAAACAUUUGAACAAGUUAAUAAAAAGUGUUUUGAGUGUAUGCAGAGUCUAUACAUCAACCCUUUUGUCAAUUUAGAAAUUGAAACUUUUGCUCUAUUUAAAGAGCCACUUGAGGCUUUAUAUUCUUCGAUCUUCGAAUUUAUCAUAAAAGCGUUUCCAAAAAUUGAAACGACAACAUUACAU